CUAUUCGCCAGAGUGGUGCUGAUGAGCGGCUCGGCCUUAGAGCCGGCCAGCAUAGCCCGUGACGCCGAUACAUACGCCAGACAUUUGGCCAAAACCAUCAAUUGUCCAAAUUUUGAUAACGUAGUGAUGGUGGAUUGUCUGCGGCAAAAGUCAGUGGAGGACAUCCUGAGGGUAGACCUGAUGACACCGCAACACUUGACGGCCUUCGGGCCCAUCGUCGACGGCAUUGUCGUGCCGUUAGAGCCCCGGCAACUGAUGCUCCGGCGAACGGGUGGCGAGACGUCCAGUUCUUCCUCAACCUCUGGGAGCGGCUCAUCCGGAAGCGGUUCCUCCUCGUCGUCCACUCCAUCCCAAUCAUCGCAACAGACUUUCCUAUUGAAUUCAAUGGCCAGUCAACGGACAGUCGACCUGAUGUUUGGUGUGACCCGAGUUGAGACACCGUUUAUAUUCAGUGGUCAGGAGGAGCGCCACGGCAUCGAUCUGUCCCGUCGGGAGCGCAUAUUACGUACACUUGUGCGCAAUCUAUUUGACUAUCACCAACAGGCGAUACUAUUAACACUGAUAAAUGAAUACACGGAUUGGAAUCGACCGAUUGAACACCCGAUCAAUUUACUGGACGCCACGGCCGACAUAUUGGGCGACGCUCUAGUGGUGGCCCCCAUUGUCGAGACCGGCGACUUGCAUACCAGGUGGACAUCCGGCGCCGGAACCACUGGUGGUGGUCAGUCUGGACACGCAUCCGGUGCUGAUAAUCGCCCCCAUAAGACAUUUUUCUAUGUGUUUGUCUAUCAGAGCGAAGAUGGUAAUAAGUUGUUGCACCAGAGGUUGGGUUGUAUGCACGGCGAAGAGUUGGCGUAUUUGUUUGGCGCCCCUCUCGCUGUCCAACUGCUCGGCCGACCCGUCGGUCACUUCGCCGCCAACUAUAGUAAGCCUGAGGUCACGCUCUCGGAGGCAGUGAUGACCUAUUGGACCAAUUUUGCCAAAUAUGGAGCACAGGCCUAUUUUCCAUACUCCCGAUGCACUUAUGUAUACGCUAUUUAUACAAUGAUAUAUUGCAAAGGAGAGCACAAUUCACUAAUAUUGUAG